AUUCUAUACAAAAGAUGUCCCAAUACGCCCACCUCUCCACCCCCGAUCCUGAGUAUGCUGCUCUCAAAGCAAGUUUGCAGAUGCAACCAGAUCUCCUUACAAUGCGUGCUGUGGGAGUACAAAUGCGAGCAGCACGCCCGGCACCCAGUCUUCCUGCAGAUCACGAUUAUCGCGUCGAGGACCGCCAGAUAAGCGUUGAGGGGGGCGAAAUCACAGUAAGGUGCUAUAUGCCCACGCCUGUUGCGGGCGGGAUAUUUCCGCUGUUAGUUUGGUAUCAUGGCGGAGGAUGGGUGGCCGGAGACCUUGACAUGGACGACAGCAACCUGCGGAUUGUAUGCGUUGAGAGGCAUAUCUCGAUUGUGAGCGUCGACUACAGACUCGCUCCAGAAUAUCCGUUCCCGGCAGGCGCCAAUGAUAGCUACACUGCCCUCAAAUGGGCAGCCGAAAACGCCGAGACGCUUUUGACCUCUCCCUUGAAAGGUUUCUUGGUAGGAGGGUCUUCAGCUGGCGGGAACCUUGCAGCAGCUAUGACACUUCGAGCGCGAGACGACCCAUUUUUCAUUACCCUGCCGCUUACAGGCCAACUGCUGCAGUACCCACUUGUGUGCCAUCCCGAUGCGUAUCCUGAAAGAUACAAAGAUGAACUUCUCUCUAUGGAACAAAACAAAGACGCACCGGUUAUCGGUAAAAAUAUGAUAUACUGGUGCAUCGAUCUGCUGAACCCGCCAGUAACCGAUCCUGAUUUUUCACCUCUCCUGGCGACAUCACAUGCCGGAUUGCCUCCAGCGUGCGUGCAGGUGUGCGGGCUGGAUGCCCUGCGCGACGAAGGGCUACUCUACGAGAAAGUUCUCAAGGAGCAAGGCGUCAAGACCAAGUUGCACAUAUAUCCGGGCGUACCGCACGGAGUGGACUCACUCUUCCCUGAGCUCAAGGCGUCGAAAAAAUUUGAAAAUGACUUCAAAGAAGCGAUCGAUUGGAUGGUUGGCCUCUCCGCUCAUUAGAUUGAAUGAAUUGGGAACUAAAGGAUGGAUUUACGUACCAGUUGCGCUAUUUCUUGUUGGAGUGUUCUUUGUCAGAGAUUUUAGCAACAAAUUUCCAUGUUUCAUACCUGCGGCAGAAUGACACCCUGUCAGGAACCU